GGCUCAAGCAAUUCGGAGCCGUCGGGGCGUUCCAGGCAUGGAGCUGUUCAUCGAGUACGCGUUCUACCAUGGUGAGAGGGCGGCGAAGUAUGUCCGGGCACGCCCCGUGCCGACAGCUUUUGGAGUGGUGGGCUGCAGCUUUGUCUUCCUCCUCCUGCUGGGCACAAUGCAAGGGGGCGCCGUGGUUCAAGCAACAAGCGGUGGAGGAGCAAUUGUUGAGCCUCCCCCGGCUGUGUCACCUGGACGUCGGGACAUGUCAGCUGAGAUGAGCACAAAGGCAUCCAAGUUGGAGAGCCGGAAGCGGCACCGGCGCGAAGCCGAGGAGCUGCAAGGAAGCCCUGCUGCAUCUUCUGACGAAGAGGAAGAGUUGGGCAAACGAAAGGACCAGGGCGACCCGGAUAGCCUGGACCAGGGCGACCCAGAUAGCAAGGAGCCCAUCUUGGACCCGGAGGGCAUGCGUGCGCCAUCGCUUGGUGCGACGGGUAUGGCGGGAUUUGAGAUGGAGGCAAGCGGAAGCAAGAGCAGCUUCGGCAGCAGACUCAACGAUGACCUGGCAAGCGCUGAGUCUGACAAGGCCUUUGGGGCAGACGUUGUGGAGCCUAGGGCCAAAGUAGACGGCGGAGAAGAGGAGACUGCAAAAACAUCGCCCUACUCCAGCAGUCGCAGCGCCAGCAGCGGGCAAGGUGAAAGUAACGGCUUUGGCAACAGCCCCAGCAGCUUUGGCAGCGCUUUGGCAGCAGAAGUAGCAGCACGUCCAGCAGAAGCAAAGCCGAUGAUCUUGGAAGCAGCGCUGGGGCUGACAAGGCGUUUGGAGCUGACGAUGUGGACGGGGCUGAGCCUAGCACCAAAUUGCAGAAAUUCCUUGAAAGCAGCGAGCAGGAUAGCAAGGAAGUGGGCGAAGAGGAGACUUCGGGGUCGACGCUCGCCAGCGGGAGAACGGCAAAGACACCACCCUACUUCAGCAGCGCCAACAGCGCCGGCAGCAAUCAAGGCGGAAGCAAGUCUUUUGGCAGCAGUCCCAGCAGCGUUGUCCGCAGAAGUAAAACCAUUGAUUUUGGAAGAAGCGCUGAGCCUGACAAGGCAUUUGGGGCUGAUGAUGAGGACGAGUUGAAGCCUAGCACCAAACUGCCACUGGAAAGCAGCAAGCAGGCUGGCAAUCAAGAGGACGACGAUGAGACUGUGGGAUCGCGCUCGGGUCCUGUCUUUGGGAGCGUGGCAAAACCAUUGCCAUACUCCAGCAGCAGUGCCAGCACUGGGCAAGGUGAGAGCAGCGGCUUUGGCAACAGCGCCAGCUUUGGCAGCAGCGCCAGCUUUGGCAGCAGCGCCAGCUUUGGCAGCAGCAGUAGCAGCGCGUCCAGCAGAAGCAAAGCUGAUGAUGUUGGCAGCGCUGGGGCAGACAAGGCGUUUGGAGCUGACGAUGUGGACGGGGCUGAGCCCAGCACCAAAUUGCAGAAAUUCCUGGAAAGCAGCGAUCAGGAUAGCAAGGAAGCGGGCGAAGUGGAGACUUUGGGGUCGGCGCUCUUCAAUGGGAGUGCGAAAAAAGCACCACCCUACUCCAGCAGCGCCAGCAGCGCCAGCAGCAGGCAAGACGGAAGCAAGGUCUUUGGCAACACCCCCAGCAGCUUUGCCAGCAGAAGCAGCGCCGAUGAUCUUCGAGGCAGCGCUGAGCCUGACAAGGCAUUUGGGGCUGAUGAUGAGGACAGGUUGAAGCCUAGAACCAAACUGCCACUGGAAAGCAGCAAGCAGGCAGGCAAUGAAGAAAACGAAGAGGAGGAGCCUGCAGAAUCAAGGUCGAGACCCCUCUCUGGGAGCAUCGCAAACGCAUCGCCCUCGUCGCUGGGAGGCAGCAGUGCCAGCAGCACACAAGGCAGAAGCAAGGUCUUUGACACCAGCCCCAGCCACUUUGGCAGCAGAAGCGGCAGCGCGUCCCUUGGAAGCGCCGCGGAGCCUGACAAGGCGUUUGGGACUGAUGAUGUGGACAGAGGUGAGCCAAGCACCAAGCUGCAGAAGUUCCUGGAAAGCAGCGAGCAGGCGGAAAAACUGGCAGGAUCAAGCCCCACAAAGGUCGGCUUUUCCAUUGAUUUGUUGGCAUCCGAGCGGGCAACGGCUGCGGGGAUGGGAUCCAGCUCGAGUGCAGCCAGCGAGGCUUCCAGCUUUGCACCCGCGUCCCUGCGUGGUUUCGCUGCGCGGAGUGAAGCCACAGCGCCCGGCGCGGUUGUGGAUGCCAGUGGCGUCCAAAGAAUUCCCGGUGACGCGAUGGGCUCGGCCAAAGACCACGAGAGCGGGCAAGGUGAAAGCCAGCAAACUCCUUUGCCGGAUGAAUCAACGUUCGAGCGGGAAACAUAGGGGUGUUGCCUGGGAAGCCGAAGUUUUCCGCUGGGAGAACUCGCGGCCAGCCCUCCUCCUGCUUGAGGCAGUGCCCAAAGCGCGGCAAGGAGCAAGCUAAGGCAGAAUUCGGUUUCACCGGCAGGUUUCACUAUCGGCUUCCAGGUUGCGCACUCAAGAGCCAAAAGUUGCUCAAUCUUCACCUUACGAUUGAAGGAGCUGUUUUACUAGGCAAAGGACAUUUGACACUUGCUCCUCUAUCUCCACACGG